AUGGGUUUAGCCUUUGAUUUUUUCGAAUAUAUUGAAGAAUAUUUAAAAAAAGUAAAGUAUCUUCAGCAUGAUGCUAAAUCCAAUGAAAUUUCUAAUAAGUGUUCAAAUAUUAAUUUUUUGAAGGAAUCUUCGAAAGAAAAUGAAGAAAUAGCGAGCAAUGUUUGUCCAGACUUUAUAAAACUGUAUAAAUCAUUAACUACUGGUGUAAAUAAUGUAAAAGAAUGUAUUGAACCUAGGUAUGAUUGCGGAUUUAUUAACUAUUGGGUAAAUUUUAAAAUAGCUAAAAGUAGAGGAAAUGAAAGUCAUUGUAUCACAGAUUUUUACAAACAUAUAAAGAAUAAGUUUCAGAAUAUUUUUAAUAAUGAUAUAAAUUUAAUGAAAUGUAUAUACGAUAUUAAAAGUGACGAAAUGGAUAAAAUGAAUAUAUUAUAUAGUUUAUAUGAGACCAUC